ACGUUAUAACUAUAAUCAAAAUGGCUGUCAGAAUGUAAAGCUGCUUCGCUUGUUCAAUUUAUUUAUUUAAUGAAACAAAAUGAAGGAAUUCGAUAUAAAUAUAGAGGGUUACAACGUGAACGGCAUCUGUGUCGGUUGUCUGAAUAGCAACAGGAGGAUGUGUUAUGUGAGGACGUUCAGCCAGUGUUACAAAAUGUUAGCGGAUAUAGACGUACCAAUUGGUAUAUCGAUCAAGGUGUGCUACGAAUGUGCUGCCUUAAUACGAAAGGUGCUAACAUUCAGAGAACAAAUUCUUAAAUCGUUCGACAUACUCAGCGCAUAUUCUAAGAAGCACACGAUACUCAACUCGCCAAAAGACUUGACAUGUAACUCAAUACAAAGACUCUCUCGUCAUACUUUGAACACGAACCACAUGUCCGAGGACGUAGCUAUAGACAUUGUGAAGACUGAAGACAUAUUCGGCGGUUUUCCUCAAUUAGAAGAACAGGAAUUGAAAUCGGAAAUAGGUGAUAUACUCGUUCAGGAGGAUAACUUCGAUGGAGUGACGUCAGACGAUGACGUCACUCUGUCAUCUCUCAAAAAGAAGAAAGUUAAGGAGAAGCACACGAUACUCAACUCGCCAAAAGACUUGACGUGUAACUCAAUACAAAGACUCUCUCGCCAUACUUUGAACACGAACCACAUGUCCGAUGACGUAGCUAUAGACAUUGUGAAGACUGAAGACAUAUUCGGGGGUUUUCAGGAGGAAGGACUGAAGACGGGUAUGGGUGAUAUUUUUGUUCGAGAGGAUGCAUUCGAUAGAGUGCCGUCAGAUGAUGACGUCAUGCUCUCCAGCAAGAAGACUAAAAAGAAGAAGAAGAAAGACAAGAAACAAGAGAAGACACCUCGGAAGCUGAAAAAUCUGCCGUCAUUCGUGGAGUUGUAUACAAUGAGCGAGACAGAAAUGUGGAGUGUGAGGGAGAGAGAUAUAGCGAGCGAAGAGUUCAGCAGACUGAGGUACAAGUGUGACACCUGUGUGAUAGCGUUCAACACUAAGAAACUCAUGGAGAUGCAUCAGAGAGGAAAACAUGUAGCGAAGAGUGAGUCGGCCCAGCAGUGCGAUGUAUGCACAGCCUACUACCUGACCGCUGAGAACCUCUCCGCGCACCGGAAACUGCAUCUCAACGCUUACAGAUGUUCAGAAUGCGGUCUGGUGUCGUGUGUGAAGAGAGUGAUGUCAGCUCACGACUGCGCCAAGAGAGCCGAGCGGUACAGCUGUGCUGACUGCGACCUCAUGUUUAGUUCUAGAUCUCGUCUGUCGUAUCACCGGGCCGCAUCUCACGGGGAGAGGCCUCAGUGUGAUUGUUGUGGGAAAAUAUUCGCCAACAAAAUGACACUAAAAUACCACCUCAAAGUGUUGCCUCAGAAUAAAAACGGUACAAGCAAGGAGCCAGUGACCAUACCGUGUAAAGGAUGUGACAAAGUCUUCCAUUCUAAGAAGAGCUACCGCGCGCACGUUGUGAUUCACGACAACCAGUCCUACCCGUGUCCUACCUGCGGCAAGUUGUUCCAGUGGAAGAGGAACCUUGCGCGUCACGCCCGCAACCACCGCGAGCGCGCCGCUGGGACCACUCACGCCUGUCACGCCUGCGGGAAGACGUUCGCGUCCCGGGACUGCUACAACAACCACAUGAGACUCAGCAAGAAACACGUUCACGAGAGUCAGUACACUCACGCCUGUACUUACUGUGGGAAGAAAUUCCCAACGAAAUGGUGUUUGGUCGACCACGUGGACUGGGAGCAUCUCAAGAGGAUAAAAUAUCAAUGCAGUAUAUGCUUUAAGGCUUUCAAAACGGCCAAGAUAAUGUACGCCCAUAUGAGCAACUUGCACGCGGGCAAGAGGGUGACGUUGGGGGAACAUUUGUGUCAUGUUUGUGGGAAGUCUUACAAGACAGUGAAACGUCUCAAGAGCCACGUGUGGGCGAUGCACACGAACAGGUCGCAGGAGAAGAGCUUCAAGUGCCCUUCCUGCCCAGCGGCCUUCAGCUGGCACACGUCCGUGUACAAGCAUCUCAAGCUGAUGCAUCCCAAGAGAGCCAAGCCAGCACGCGUGGCGAGCGUCAGAGAACUGUUCCCGGAGCAAACUGUCACACAAUAAAAUAUAAAACGGACAA